GGCUGCCUGAGAUGGAAUCCGGGUUGGCCCUGUGCAAGGCAAGCUCCCUCUGCCACACCCUGUCUAUUCUGGACCCAGAAAUUUAAUUUUAAAUUGCGUACUUUAGUCUCAUGAAUCAAACUAAAAAUGCCUCACAAAAUCGUUCUCAGAAUAAAAUGAAAUGGUAGUGAAAGUACGUUGGAAAAUAAAAGGGAUAAAAGUUGUUUCUGGAUUCACCAUGGCUCUAGCAGCAGUAAAAUGGGCAACAUCAGGCAGAACUGUCUUGAGACAUUUACUUCCAAUUCAAACUGGAGCUUUGUAUUGUGUUUGUCUUCGCAAAUCUACGUUUUCUUCUCUUCCAGAUGACUAUAAUUGCAAAGUUGAGCUUGCUUUAACGUCUGAUGGAAGGACAAUCGUUUGCUACCACCCUUCUGUGGACAUUCCGUAUGAGCACACAAAACCUAUUCCUCGACCAGAUCCUGUGCAGAAUAAUGAAGAAACAUAUGAUCAAGUGCUAAAGACCAGAUUACAAGAGAAAAAUGUAUGUUCUGAGCAAGGACCCAUGAUAGAACAGCUGAGCAAAAUGUUCUUUACUACCAAGCACCGUUGGUACCCUCGUGGACAGUAUCAUAGACGUCGCAGGAAGCUGGAUCCUCCAAAGGACAGAUGAGAUUGAGUUUCUUGGGAAUCAGGGAAAUGUUACUGUUUAAUUGGCCAUUUGAGAAAACACAAUCUGAUAUAUCACUUCUAUGUUAUACAUUAAAAAUAUAAUAAAGUGUUUUCAUAUAAGAA